CCACGUCUCUUUCAUCACACCCAUAAGAUCCUGUCGGAAAAAUUCCUCGAGUCCAGCAGCAAAAUGGCUUCCCAAGGCUCGCCAUUAAUCAGGGCACCCAGCCAGCAGCUUGGCCCGAACUACAGGUCGACAGAUCUCAAGCCAACAGCUACAGUGUCAACGGUUCCUAAAAUCAGCAAUCUCCAUAUCCUACCUCAGACACCACAACUGAUAGCCCUCCUCACGAUGCUUCGAGACAUCAACACCGGACGUGCCGACUUCAUCUUUCACAGCAAUCGAGUCAGCCGUCUACUCGUCGAGGAAGCACUCAACCACCUGCCAGUCUUGCCUCACACGGUCACCACACCAGUCCAAGGGCGAACUUAUGCUGGUGUCAAAUUUGAGGGCAAGAUCUGUGGUGUGUCUAUUAUGCGCGCAGGUGAAUCGAUGGAGCAGGCUCUACGAGAAUGCUGUCGCAGUGUACGUAUCGGCAAGAUCCUCAUUCAGCGAGAUGAAGACACCAGCAAGCCAAGACUGUUCUACGACAAGCUACCUGAAGAUAUUAAGGAUCGAUGGGUACUCCUUUUAGAUCCAAUGCUUGCAACGGGUGGAUCUGCUCUCAUGGCUGUGGACGUGUUGCUAUCGAAGGGUGUGCCAGAAGAACGCAUUUUGUUCUUGAACCUCAUUGCCUCGCCAGAAGGCGUCCAGAACUUUGCAGAGAAGUUCCCUCGCCUGCGAGUGGUCACUGCCUUUGUUGAUCAAGGAUUGAAUGAGAAAAACUACAUUGUGCCAGGUCUGGGAGACUUUGGUGACAGAUUCUACACACUUUGA